CCAAGUCCCCUCUCCAGGACCCCCUCCAAACACUUUGCCUUUGGGACACCCUGAUCCUCUUCUUUUCUUGGGGGAUCCCUGGUCCUGUCCUUGGUCUGGAUUUGGGAUUUGAGCCGAGCGCCAACAAAACUGCAUUGAAGCUGCAGGUCUCCUCUCCAGGUUGUGGACGGUGGAGGACUCCCGGUGGAGGAUCUCAGUACUGCAGAUAACGGACGGAGUAUUAGUUCAGCACGGCGGACAGCUCCCAACUCCCGUCUAAUGGAGAGAUCGGCUCUGAUCACAAGGACGGCUCCUGUACUGGAUGUGAGGUCUGGUUAGGGGCCCCUGGGGGCUCUGGAAGACAACAGUAACACCUCAACCAUCAGGAUGGGCUACAGACUGUGUGCGCUUAUCUCACUCACCCGACUCCUCUGUUAUAUCACAGCCUGCACCACAGUGUCAUGUAUGCAGAGGACGCGCACCCACGCAGAAGAACGAUUGUUCAAGAGCCUGUUCAGAGGGUACAAUCGAUGGUCCAGGCCAGUACCAAAUACCUCAGAUGUCGUCAUUGUCAAGUUUGGAUUGUCUAUUGCCCAGCUCAUAGAUGUGGAUGAAAAAAAUCAAAUGAUGACAACUAAUGUGUGGCUAAAACAGGAAUGGAAUGACUACAAGCUCCGAUGGAACCCAGCGGAUUAUGAUAACGUCACGUCCAUCCGCGUUCCUUCAGAGAUGAUAUGGAUUCCGGACAUCGUCCUUUACAACAACGCCGAUGGAGAGUUCGCCAUCACCCACAUGACCAAAGCGCACCUGUUCCACACAGGGAAGGUUCAGUGGACCCCACCGGCCAUCUACAAAAGCUCCUGCAGUAUCGACGUGACCUUCUUCCCCUUCGACCAACAGAGUUGCAAGAUGAAGUUUGGCUCUUGGACGUACGACAAAGCCAACAUUGACUUGGAGAGCAUGGAGCGCAACGUGGACCUGAAGGACUACUGGGAGAGUGGCGAGUGGGCGAUUGUCAAUGCCGUUGGGACGUACAACUCUAAGAAAUACGAUUGCUGCACGGAAAUUUACCCCGAUAUCACAUACUACUUCAUCAUUCGGAGGUUGCCCUUGUUCUACACUAUUAAUCUAAUCAUCCCGUGCCUCUUGAUAUCUUGCCUUACCGUCCUUGUCUUCUACUUACCAUCGGAUUGUGGUGAGAAGAUCACGUUGUGUAUCUCAGUGCUCUUAUCUCUAACUGUGUUCCUUCUACUGAUUACUGAGAUCAUCCCAUCCACGUCGUUGGUCAUCCCGUUGAUUGGGGAGUACCUCCUGUUCACCAUGAUCUUUGUCACGCUUUCUAUAGUCAUCACUGUCUUUGUGUUGAACGUCCACCAUCGGUCUCCAAGUACUCACAAGAUGCCUCUUUGGGUUCGUUCGGUUUUUCUGGUGCACAUACCAAGAUGGCUUUUCAUGAAGAGACCGCCGGCUCCAGUGGGGGAAAUUAUCAGUCAGUACGACACACCAGAGCUUAAACUCAGUACUUCUAAGUAUUGGAUGGAGACAGAUGUGGACGAAAAGUGGGGGGAGCCAGAAGUGGAGUUGCAGCCAUGCCACGUCCAUCACGUGUCAACCCACAACCAUAACCUUCAGUAUCGAUAUGACUAUAACCACCCAGUGCCUGGGGGACAAUGCCAGACCCCUCGUCAGAACAAAGCGGAGAACACCGAAUCCAAUUUCUUGCUCUCCCCAAGUAUAUUAAAAGCUUUAGAGGGUGUUCACUAUAUAGCGGAUCACCUGAGGGCUGAAGAUGCUGACUUUUCCGUAAAAGAAGACUGGAAGUACGUGGCAAUGGUCAUAGACCGAAUAUUCCUGUGGAUGUUCAUCAUCGUCUGUUUGUUAGGAACAGUGGGAUUAUUUCUGCCCCCCUUCUUGGCUGGGAUGAUCUAGGAUUUUAUCACAAUGGCUCCGGCCCAUCUUCUAGUGGAGAUUCGCUCGUUUCUCCCGCCUGUAGCAAGAGCUGAUGUCGGGGAGGACAAUGCAGCUCACAUCUCGGGCUCAGCGGCUUUGAAAAGCAUGCACCACUGACUCCGCCCCCGAGGAACUAUGGGAUGGUCAUCCCCCCCUAAGGCAAUUUUGCUCAUGAAUAAAAAAAAUGAAUGAGAUUAGUUAAGCUGGCUCCUCCAUUUUUCUAAUUGCUUUG